AUGACCAUGCUUCAGUCGCAAAAGCUGUACGGCGAUGCGGGUGCCAUGACCAGUGCCGCGAUGUCCAGUAUGGGCAGCAUGGCGCCCACGUACAGCUCGAUAAACUCAAUGGGAUGCGUGCCGAUGGGGAUGUCAAUGGGAGUCGGAGUCGGGCCCAGCUGCAGCCCUCAGGGCGCCGGCGGUUUUAACAUGAGUAGCAUGAGCUCGGCGAUGGGAAUGGCGUCGAUGGGAGGCGGCGGGAUGAGCGGCUACAGCGGUGCUUCGAUGGGCGCCGGCGGUGCCUGUAUGAGCGCCGUCGGAUACGGUCCGCUUACUCCCGGCGGAGGCACCGGCGUCAGCCGAGAUCCGCUCGCGCUAACCGAACCGGACUCGCCGAAUUCAGCUCUCCAGCGUGCCCGCAGCGAUAAGUCCUAUCGACGUAGUUACACUCACGCGAAGCCGCCGUAUUCCUACAUCAGCCUCAUCACCAUGGCGAUACAGAACGCGCCUCACAAGAUGCUGACUCUCUCGGAGAUCUAUCAGUUCAUCAUGGAUCUGUUUCCGUUUUACAGACAGAAUCAGCAGCGUUGGCAAAACUCGAUCAGGCAUUCCUUGAGCUUUAACGAUUGCUUCGUCAAGGUGCCGCGUACGCCGGAUAAACCCGGCAAAGGAUCCUUUUGGACGCUACACCCCGACAGCGGCAAUAUGUUCGAGAACGGUUGUUACCUACGACGCCAAAAGAGGUUCAAGGACGAGAAGAAGGAGCUGAGCAGACAGAGUAACAAACAUCAGCAGCAUCAGCAACAUCAGGCGUCGGCGGUGGCUACGGUAGCGGUGGCGGCUGGCGCGACCAUCGCCGGCCAGCACAGUCCAUCCACUCACGAGGUCGCGCCUGGUACCAAGAAGACCGGCGGCUCGUCCAUCCACCACGGCGGCCCUCAGCAGGACGACAAAGACUUGCACUCGUUGGUCUCCUCGCACCACCAUCAUCACACGAGUCUGCAUCAGCAUCACACCGCUCUCAAGAGCGACACGGACAUCGGCGGUCUACUCGGGCCCGAUCUCAGCGCUGCUCACGACGAGCUCACCGCGAUGGUCAGCCGCGGCAUUCAUCCGCAACUGUUGUCCGACACCGCGAGCCUCCACCACGGCAUGACGGGCAGCCUGAAGCAGGAGCCGCUUUACGGAACGGCGGCCAAUCAUCCGUUCAGCAUCAACAGGUUAUUGCCGCGCGACACCGCCGGCACCUCACCCGGUGCCCAGGACACCAAACCGCCCGAGAUGAAGAUGUACGAACAGCUGCAUCAGAGCUACGCUAACUUCGGCUCGCCGCAUCAUCCGCACGCGCACUCGGCGCCGCCCAGCCAUCAUCAUCACAACGGCAUGCACGCCGGCACGAACGCCGCCGGGCCGAUGCACAUGACGAAUCAUCAUCAUCAGGAGUAUUAUCAGAGCCCGCUUUAUCAUCACGCGACGAGCGUGGCCACCACCAGCGCUCCACCGCCACCCGCUGUCGCCAGCGCGGCACCGGGCUUGUGACAUCACGCUACC